CCCCCACCCGCUGGGCCCGCUCAGCUCCUUGGCGCGGGCGCCUUGCCACUGGGACCGCGGCUCUCCAUCGAGGAGGAUCAUGGCUAGGCUGAGCUGGGGGUACGGCGAGCACAACGGCCCUAUUCACUGGAAUGAACUUUUCCCCAUUGCUGAUGGGGAUCAGCAGUCUCCAAUUGAGAUUAAAACCAAAGAAGUGAAAUACGACUCCUCGCUGCGGCCUCUCCAUAUCAAGUAUGACCCUACCUCAGCUAAAAUCAUCAGCAACAGUGGCCACUCCUUCAACGUUGACUUCGACGACACAGAGGACAAGUCAGUUCUGCGUGGAGGUCCUCUCACUGGAAGCUACAGGUUGCGGCAGUUCCACCUGCACUGGGGGUCAGCAGAUGACCACGGCUCUGAGCAUGUGGUAGAUGGAGUGAGGUAUGCUGCAGAGCUCCAUGUUGUCCACUGGAAUUCAGACAAGUACCCUAGCUUUGUAGAGGCAGCUCACGAAUCAGAUGGGCUGGCUGUCCUGGGAGUAUUUCUACAGAUUGGGGAACACAAUCUUCAACUGCAAAAGAUCAUUGACAUCUUGGAUUCCAUUAAAGAAAAGGGUAAACAAACCCGAUUCACAAAUUUUGACCCUUUAUCGCUGCUUCCGGCCUCCUGGGACUACUGGACAUACCCUGGUUCUCUGACAGUCCCGCCUCUUCUUGAGAGUGUCACAUGGAUUGUUUUAAAACAACCUAUAAAUAUCAGCUCUCAACAGUUGGCCCGAUUCCGAAACCUCCUGUGCACAGCUGAGGGCGAGACUGCGGCUUUUCUGUUAAGCAACCAUCGUCCUCCUCAGCCCUUGAAGGGCCGAAGAGUGAGAGCAUCUUUCUAUUAGCAGCCACCAGUGGGCCAGCCCAACCGGGAACACCGAGGCAGCAAACGGAACAGAGCUCAGGCAUCCCUACUGAUGGCUUUUCUAGACUUUCAAGCUCUUGGAUUCCAUUUUCCCAGGAACUUCAGCACCACAGAGAAACCAGUGUUGUGAAACCACAUGGCUCCUCAUGCCUAGAUUUGCACCAAAGGAUGUCCAGUUGGUAAACAUUGUAGAAUGUAUAUUAAAAUCACAGAGUAUAGCUGCUUCAUCCUUUAUGAUGAUAGAGUCAGCCUUACAAACCUCAGACUGUACUAAAAGUUUGUUGCAGCCUCUGGCUGACCCUAUCCCAUUCUAAAUAAUGCUUGAUAAAAACUUUAAAUUCACUUAUAAAUGGUGUUAAUUCCUAAACAAAUAGUUCUUACAGUUUUGAUAUUGUCCUGAUUAAACAAGAGUAUAUAUUUCCUUUAACAUAUUUCUCUCAGAUUUUUACUGUUUGUACUGUAAUAUAGCACAUAACACGAGACAUACAGGGACUGCAAUAGAAUAAUGUAUUUGUGCCUCAGUCAG